CAAAAAAUUCAAAAUUUUCAAGUUCGUCUUGUUAUUACAAGAACUGAAGGCUUCGCACUCUCUCAAACACUCUUGACCUUGGAUCCUUUGCGCCAGUGGCUGUCCUGGUCCCUCACCUCAACGGAUAGUAUCAAUCGAUACCGGAGUCAGUUCGUUGCUUGAUAACUGCACCGUAUAUUUCUACACGACAUUGGCACAGUAUUGAUAUUCCGUCAUCGACGCCAUCUGCAGAUUGAUACACUUUUUGCUCCAUACCGCAAACCACUGGCACCCCGACGUCUGCGGACCCUACCCGGACUUCUCUAUAUCUCCAACCUGCCGGGAUCUUUGACUUCCAUUUUGUUGCCAAACGGGGAAGGGCGCCAGACUACAAACCCAGCCCUCAACACUUGUUGCGUCCUCUUUCCCCAAGAUACACUCUCACGUUUGACGGUUCGAUUCACCCUCAAGUCCCGGGUACGCCUGCUGAUUUGGAAGUGUUAUACUAUCCUGCGACCGUGGUCAACCAGGCCUUGAAAAAAAGGUGUGCUGCCCGGUGUGCUGCAUCACGACAGUGAAGACUGCCUCAGCACAAGUCAACAGCAUCCACUGGGAUUUGAAGCUCGUCACAUCGCCUUGUCGAGUUGGGUGGCUCAUUAUCCUUAAACUCUGGUCAGAGUUGCUCAUUGGGUGCGCAGUCUCCCGUUGCCAGUCGCUGUCCGCUCGGUUGAAUAAAAACGCACGGUCGGUUUGCCAACGCGGGCGGGAAGACAACUGCUCGUACUUGAAGCAUUUCUGACAGUUGUCGAAGAAGCGGCAGCGGCUUAAUCAAGAAAACGGAUUUCAAUCGAACGGACUCCAUCCCUCCACGCACCAAAGAGCAGUCAUCAGAGUAGCAAUGGGUCUUCUAGCUUUGGGAACGGCUUUGGAUUGGCCAGAUGCCAAGCAGCAAGCACAUCUCGUCCGUGCCUGGGGCAUUAAGCAACUACUCGAAAUAUGGAACAAGGCUAAGGGGAAGGAGCGUGACGCUAUGCUCUGGGGUGAUGAGAUCGAGUACUUGGUCGUCAACUAUUCCAAAGAUGAGCCCAAGGUCCUGCUCUCCCUUCGCCAGGCCGAUAUUCUCAAAGCCUUGGCCGACAGCAAGACUCUUAAGGUAACAGGAGACUGCGCUCCUGGAACUGAGGCCAACGCAGAUGCCGGGAACGUAACUCUUCCCGUUUUCCAUCCGGAAUUCGGAAGAUUCAUGCUCGAAGCCACCCCCGGAAAGCCAUGGGGCAUCGACUUCAAGGACCUGUUGACCGUUGAGGCCGACAUGAAGUUGAGGAGGUGCAUUGCCAAGGACCACAUGCUUUCGAAUGAGCAUCCCAUCACGCUCACUACUUUCCCCCGCAUCGGCAGCCCAGGAGUAUUCACUGAACCAUCAUAUCCCGUCUCCGGUCCCAAGCUGCGAUCGCAAUUUGUCCCUGACGAGAUCGCCAAUCCUCAUAUUCGCUUCCCUACCCUUGCGGCCAACAUCCGUUCGCGCCGCGGCCGCAAAGUCCAGGUCAAUGUUCCAGUGUUCAGAGACGAGAACACCCCUUGGCCAUGGAAGGACCCAACCGUCAACUACGACCUACACAACUGGCCCGAGGACGAUGAUGUUCGUAAUGGUGCCGCUCCCGACAACUUUAUUCACAUGGAUGCCAUGGCUUUCGGCAUGGGCAGCUGUUGUCUGCAAAUCACCUUCCAGGCCAAGAACAUCACCGAAGGCAGGAAGAUGUACGACCAGCUGAGCCCUCUAGGUCCUAUCCUGCUUGCGCUCACUGCGGCAACACCAGUGUACAAGGGAUUCAUUGCCGAUACCGAUGUCAGGUGGAACCAGAUCAGCAGGGCUGUGGACGACCGCACACCUGAGGAGCUGGGAGAAAAGCCCCUUAAGAACGACAGAUGGCGGAUUCCCAAGUCGCGUUAUGCUUCGAACUCAACUUACAUCUCUACCGACUCCCGAUUGCGACCUGAGUACAUGGAUCCUAACCUCGUCAUCGACCCCGAGAUCAAGCAGCAGUUGCUCGACGGUGGCAUGGAUGACCGUUUGGCUACCCACUUUGCCCAUCUCUUCAUCCGCGAUCCUAUCGUCAUCUUCAACGAAGAUCUCCAGGAGCUUGACCUGACCAAGACGGAUCAUUUUGAGAAUAUCCAGAGUACUAACUGGCAGCACAUGCGCUUCAAGCCACCUCCGGCUGACAACAGCAUCGGUUGGCGUGUGGAGUUCCGGCCCAUGGAGAUUCAAAUCACCGACUUUGAAAACGCCGCCUUCUCCGUCUUCAUCGUUCUCAUCACCCGUGCCAUCCUUAGCUUCGACCUCAACUUUUACAUCCCCAUCGUGAAGGUAGAUGAGAACAUGGAGACCGCGCAUGCGCGCAACGCCAACCUCGAAAAGAAGUUUUGGUUCCGCAAGAAUCCAUUCCCCGUCCGCACAACCCGCAGGGGCGGCAGUGCCUCCAGAUCGGCUUCCGGCACCAGCACACCCAAUAGCGGAUCAAGCAGACCUGCCACCCCGCCCCUGGGCCCUGUCGAGGACGAGUACAGACUCAUGAGCGUCAACGAGGUCAUCAACGGCACCGCGUACGCCAAGGCGACUUCCAAGGAGGUGACCGAGGAUGCCGAGGAGGGCGAAGAGUUCCCCGGUCUCAUCCCCUUGGUGGAAAGCUACCUCGACAGCGUCAACAUGGACGUCGCUACCCGUUGCGGACUCGCCCGCUACCUUGAUCUCAUCCGCAAGCGCGCCAGCGGUGAGCUCUGGACGGCGGCCAAGUGGAUCCGUGAGUUCAUUGCGAAGCACCCCGGAUACAAGAAGGACAGCGUGGUCUCGGAGGAAAUCACCAAAGAUCUCGUCGGCGCCGUUAUCGAGAUCGGCGAGAGGGAGAAGCGCGGGCUGGGCAUCGAUGACUUGAUCGGGCAGGUGCCGGAUCUGGAGAAGUUGUUCGGCGGGUUUCUUAAGGGCAAGAGCCCAUGCGGUGGUGGCCAGGCAGCUUUGGAGCAGAAGUUGAAGGAUGACGACGCCAAGGUGAACGGUGUAAAGAGGAAGUUCAACGAGGAACAGUAGGCUGGGUUUUCUGGGACUUUCUUCUGUCACGUCACUUGAUUGGCAAGAGGGAAAGUCCUGCUUGGGAAUGGUUCAUGGCGGAAGCCGUAGCAUGUUAAAAGCCUAGGAAAGGAGCUGGAUAUGGAAGGGAGAGUGGACAUUUGUAUUCUGUUGCAUCAUCGUUAGACUGCAUUGCCUUGGAUACGCUACGCACAAUAAUUCCUGUGGUAUUUUCUUAUUGGCUCAUCAUCACUAUAAUAAAGCCCUGCGUGUAUUGUAUC